AUGGCUGGCGAGAAAACCACAACCGCUCCAACCUUUUCGAAGCCUCCGUACCAGCUUUCGUGGCAGCAGGUUGCGGAUGAGCUGGGCACGAACAUCGAGAAAGGAUUAACCCAGCAACAAGUCGACGAGAACUUCGCAAAAUAUGGCGAGAACAAGCUCGACGGAGACGGCGCCAUCUCGCCGUUGAAAAUCCUCGUCAAGCAGGUGGCCAAUGCAAUGAUUCUAGUGCUUUUCUUUGCGAUGGCACUAUCCUACGGCACCAGCGACUACAUCGAGGGUGGCGUCAUCACAGGAGUUAUAUGUCUUAAUGUCGCCAUUGGAUUCUGGCAGGAGUACAACGCUGAGAAAACCGUGGAUGGUUUGCGCAGUCUUUCGAGCCCUAGCGCGGCCGUCCUCCGUAACGGCGACAUCGACGUCAAAACCAUACCGAGUGGCCCGGUGGUCCCCGGUGACAUCAUCCAAUUAACCACCGGCGAUAUCGUGCCCGCGGAUAUUCGAAUUUUCGAAGCCUACAACUUCGCAGCUCUCGAAGCUAUCCUCACCGGCGAGCCCAUCCCCGUCAUCAAGGACAUCGAGGCUAUCGAGGGAGAGCAGAGUGUUGGUGACAGGAUCAACAUGGCUUUCUCUGGAACCGAGGUCACCAAGGGACGUGCCCGAGGUAUCGUUGUCAGCACUGGAAUGGGUACCGAGAUGGGUGCAAUUGCUGCGGCGAUGCACAGGAAGCCCAAAAAGCCGAACCGCUCCGUUGACCCCAAGAAGAACAAGUGGAACCCUAUCAAAGGUUCUGCUUUGAGGGCUUGGGAUGGCAUCGGAAAGUUCCUUGGUCUCACCGAGGGAACGCCUUUGCAGAGAAAGUUGGCCAAGCUUGCUUAUGUUCUGUUCGGUUGCGCUCUCCUGCUCGCAAUCAUCGUGUUCGCCGUGAACAAGUUCAAUGUUACACACGAGGUGCAGAUUUACGCCAUUUCGCUAGGUAUCGCCAUUAUUCCCGAGUCCCUAAUCGCCGUUCUCACCAUCACCAUGGCCGUUGGAAUGAAGAAGAUGGCCAAGAACAACGUUAUUGUCCGGAAACUCGAUGCCCUCGAGGCGCUAGGCGGUGUCACCAACAUUUGCUCGGACAAGACUGGUACCCUUACCCAGGGAAAGAUGGUCGCACGCAAAAUCUGGAUUCCCGAGAUCGGUAUCUACAGUGUCGAGCGCAACAACUCGGCCACCAACCCCAAAUCUGGCUUCGUUACACUUGGCGCCGCACCUGUUGAAGACGCCGAAGCCAUCGAGCGAGAGUACCAGGAGAAGCGAACUCGCCGUGAUCAGGAGCGAUCCGCCUUGGCUCUGACGUUUGCGGACGAGCCGGAAAUCAGGGACCGCCCGAACGAAGUCCCCGCCCAAGAGCCGGUGCCGGAAGCCCAGGGCCAAGAUGGAGAACAUCCCGAGAUCGUUCCCGAACUCGAGGCUUUCUUGCACUCGACUUCUCUUUGCAAUCUUGCCAGCGUACGCUUCGACGAGAAGGAGAAUGCCUGGCAGGCGAGUGGAGAUCCAACCGAGAUUGCUCUUCAAGUUUUCGCCCAUCGUUUUGAUUUCGGCCGCAAGAAGCUCGUCGAGCAGGGCGGAUGGAAGGAACUCGCAGAGUACGGUUUCGAUUCGACCGUCAAGAGAAUGUCUGUGGUCUUCCAGGAGCCGAACGGUGGAAAGCAGAUCAUCUUCACCAAAGGAGCAGUCGAGAGGAUCAUCGAUCUCUGUGACGACAUCGGAUUCGGUGAUGGUAUUCAGCCCAUGACCCAGGAGAAGAAGGACGAAGUCACCCGACAGAUGACCCUCCUCGCCGACCAGGGCCUCCGUGUGUUGGCCAUUGCUAGGCGUGUCGUCGAUUCUCCCAAGAGCUCCCACGAAUGGGCCGAGUAUCCCCGCGAGGAUGUUGAGUGCAAACUCACCCUGCUCGGACUUGCUGGGCUGUACGAUCCUCCCCGUCUCGAAUCCAAAGAGGCUGUCCAGAAUUGCACAACCGCCGGUAUCCAGGUUCACAUGCUUACUGGCGAUCACCCCGGAACUGCUCGGGCUAUCGCUCGUGAGAUCGGAAUCAUCCCUAAGGACUUUGGCAACUUGCCUGCAGACGUUGCGAUGGCUAUGUGCAUGACUGCCAUGGAUUUCGAUGCGCUUACGGAUGAUCAAAUCGACGAUCUGCCCACAUUGCCCUUCGUUAUCGCACGUUGCGCUCCGAGCACCAAGGUCCGCAUGAUUGAGGCUCUCAACCGCCGCGGCCGAUACGUUGCCAUGACAGGUGAUGGUGUCAACGAUGCGCCAUCUUUGAAGCGUGCCGAUGUUGGUAUUGCUAUGGGCGAGGGAGGGUCCGACGUCGCGAAAUCGGCAGCCGAUCUAGUUCUCACCGAUGACAACUUUUCCAGUAUCGUCAAAGCCGUGGAGGAAGGCAGAAGGAUGUUCGACAACAUUCAAAAGUUCGUCCUUCAUCUGCUGGUCUCCAACGUCGGCGAGGUGAUUCUCUUGGUCAUCGGUUUGGCCUUCCAGGAUAGGAAUGGACUUUCGGUCUUCCCGCUCGCUCCGCUUCAGGUUCUGUGGAUCAAUAUGCUCACGAGUUCGUUCCCUGCCUUUGGUCUUGGAAAAGAGAAACCGUCAUCCGAAAUCAUGAGACGUCCGCCGCAUAACAUCAAGACGGGUGUCUUCACUUGGCAGAUCGUUGCUGAUAUGGUGGUUUACGGUUUCAUCAUGGGAACCUGCACUCUACUCACGUUCGUUUGUGUUGUGUAUGGUGCCGGAGGCGGUGAACUCGGCGAGGACUGCAACUCUUACUAUUCGCCCCAGUGCGACACAGUCUUCCGUGCUCGUGCAGCUGUAUUCGCCCAGUUGACUUGGCUCAUUCUGUUCUCUUCUUGGGAAUUCAAGAGCCUUCGCCGCAGCAUGUUCAGAUUGAACCCUUACCAGACUGAUUCCAAGUUCCCCUUCUUCAAGGACAUCUAUGACAACAAGUUCCUGUUCUGGGCCGUCAUCAUCCCUUUCUUCUCGGUCUUCCCCGUCAUCUACAUCCCCGGACUGAACAGGAAGGUGCUCCGCCACACCGGCAUCACUUGGGAAUGGGCACUCGCUGUGGCGGGUAUCCCUGUCUUCAUAGUCGGUGUCGAGAUCUGGAAGUUCCUCAAGCGCUACUACGGAUGGUUCAACGGCGGAGAGUCGGACAGAAUCAAGAAGGACGCCUCGCUCAGUCUCCGCCAGGGAUUCUUCACCAUGGCUCGAACCAUGACGCGGACCAGCAUGGGAUCUCGAACCACCACUAUGGAGAAGAGGCCCAUGUCUCGCGGCGACGACCAGGUCUAA